AUGGAUGAGGACCGCCUGGAUGAGCUGGUGGACCGCAGCCUGGGGCUCAGCGCUGCCCCCGAGGCCAGUGAUGCGGAGGAAAGCAGUGACGGUGCCAGUGGGGGCUCCGAGGACACGGACAGUGAGCUCGGCGACGGCUCCGACGGCGAAGAGGAGGGGGACCCGGAGGACGGAUCUGAGUCCGAGGACGACGACAGUGACGAUGACGGGCAGGUGCUGGUGGCGGCCGACCCGCAGGGGGAGCUGGUGGCCAAUGGCGUGGGCGAUUCUGACGACGACGCGGAGAGCUGCCCCAUUUGUCUCAACACGUUCAGGGACCAGGCUGUGGGGACGCCCGAGGGCUGCGCCCAUUACUUCUGCCUGGACUGCAUCCUGGAGUGGGCCAAGAAUGCCAACUCCUGUCCCGUCGACCGGACUCUGUUUAAGUACAUUUGUAUUCGAGCCCAGUUUGGUGGGAAAGUCCUGAGGAAGGUGCCAGUGGAGGGCGCCCGGGCCGGAGAGGAGGAGGACGACCCCACCUUCUGUGAGGUGUGCGGCCGCAGCGACCGCGAGGACCGCCUGCUGCUCUGCGACGGCUGCGAUGCCGGGUACCACAUGGAGUGCCUGGACCCCCCUCUCCAGGAGGUGCCCGUGGACGAGUGGUUCUGUCCGGGAUGUGCCAGCCCCGGAGCUGCCGGCCUCCCUGCAGUCGCGGACCCCGUGUCCGAGGAGGAGGUCUCUCUGCUCUUGGUCGACGUGGUGCCCACCGCCAGCCGGCUGCGGCCUCGCGAGGGGCGGACCCGGGCCAUCGCCAGGACGCGGCAGAGCGAGCGUGUCCGAGCCACUGUGAACCGGAACCGCAUGUCCACUGCCAGGAGCAUCCAGCACGUUCCCAGGUACCUGGUGUCCUCCCUGCUUGACGAGACCAUCGAAGCCGUUGCCUCUGGUCUGAGUACAGCCGUGUAUCAGCGCCCCACAGCGUCGCGGGCCCCCGCCAAGCGGAGGAGGAAAGCAAGACGCCGGAGGAAAGUGCAGGGCAGGAAGAAGGCCCCGCCCGGGGCCGCCAGGGGCAGGAGCUCGGGGACGAGGCCCAAGAGGCGCCAGGGCCGCGGGAAGAAGAGGAAAGGACAGAAGCUGAAGAGCGAAGUCACAGCUCGUGGGCGCAUCGCACGGACACUGGGCCUCCGGCGGCCGACCCACGGGGCCUGCAUCCCAUCCGUGUGCCGGCCUGUGGACCCCUCCCUGGGGCUGAUGCGUGCGGACAUCGGCGCUGCCUCUCUCUCCGUCUUUGGAGACCCUUACGAGCUGGACCCUUUCGACAGCAGUGAAGAGCCUUCUGCCAGCCCCGCCUCCCCCCUGAGCGCCAAGAGGAGGGUCCUGUCCCGCUCAGCCCUGCGGUCUCACCAGCCCGUGGCCCGGCCCGUCUCCAUGGGGCUCUCCAGGAGGAGCAUUCCCGCCCCGGCACCCGAGCCAGACGUGGACGAGGCCCCUGUCCCCGACCUGCUGGGGAGCAUCCUGUCGGGCCAGAGCCUCCUCCUGAUGGACAGCGCGGACAUCACCAUCCACCGCGACGGCUCCCUCAGCGCUAAGAGGGCAGCACCUGUUUCUUCUCAGCGGCACUCAGUCGGUCUGUCCCGAGGGGGAGAAGGCCCUGGGCCCCGGGACGGCCCCCAGCCCCCAGCCCCGAGCUCAGGGAACCCGGGAAGCCUGGGCAGGUCCGCCCCGCCCCACGUCCCUGUGCUCCCGUCAGGCUCCGAGAGACUGGACUCCUCAGCGACCCCUCGGCCAGGCCAGGCCCAGAGCUCGCCCAACGUGAGCAUUUCUGGCGUCAGACGGCGGGAGGGCCCACACCUCAGAGGCGACAGUGAGGGUGCCAGGGCUCCGGGAUUCACAUCUAGGAUCUCAGACGGCGGCCCUGACCUGCUGGCCACCUGCGCGGUGCUGGGCCAGGCCCCGCGGCCAGCGCCGCGGAGAGCAGACAUCUCCCAGCUCCCCCGGAUACCCAAGAUGCGGAGGGACGGCGGCAGUGGAUGGGCGGACGCAGCCCCCGCCCCCGCCCCCGCCGGCGGGCAGCGAGGGGAGCUCCCCAGCGCCUGCAUCAGCCGGCUCACAGGCAGGGAGGGCCCGGGGCAGCCUGGCCUCGGGGCCCGGGCGGAGGGCUCUCCCCGUGGCAGGGGCCCCCAGGAGCCCAGCGUUCACUCGGGGGGCAGCGCUCAGACCCCUGCCCCGCUGGGACCCUCGAGGGGGAAGGGCAGCAGUUCGACCUUCGAGAGCUUCCGGAUCAAUAUCCCUGGGAACGCGGCGCACUCCGGCAGGCUCUCCGGCCCCGGCUUCUGCAACACGUUCCGGCCCGUGGACAGCAAGGCGCAGCGGAAAGAGAGCGCCGCCCCCCUCUUCUCCCUCCGGAAGACCAAGCAGCUCAAGAGCGAGAUCUACGACCCCUUCAACCCCACAGGCUCCGACUCCAGCUCCGCCGGCAGCAGCCCCGAGCGCCUGGGCCCCGGCCUCCUGCCCUCGGAGAUCACCCGCACCAUCUCCAUCGGCAGCCCCCGCGCCCCGCCCUCGCAGACCGUGCGCUGCGUCACCUCCUACACGGUGAAGGCGGUCUUCGGGGAGCCCGAGGCCGCUCCGGGGCCCUCCGGCCCGCUCCCGCUGCGGGGCGAGGAGCCCGCCGGGGGCCUGGACUCACGGGAACCCUGGGAGGACGAGGACCGGCCGCCACGCACCGCCUUCCUCGGCUCUGAGGCGCGGAGGGUGACCUGCGUGCCUGUGGAGGAGCCGGCCACGCCGCCGCCCACCACCCACCGCAUCGUGGAGCUGCGGUCCCCGUCCCGCUCCCGCUCCAGCUCCCGCGGCAGAGACACAGACCCGCAGAAGCAGGCCCCCGGGCCCGCCCGCUCCGGGGACGGGAGCUCCCGGUCGCUGUCACCGCCGGGGGGGGAGGACCAGGCCAGGAGGCCCCCCCGGGCCCGGGCCCGGGGGUCCUCCAGCGACCGCUCCAGCAGCCACGAGCGGGCCAAGCGGAGGAAGGCCAAGGACAGGAGCCGGGAGAGGCCGAGGGAGGGCCGGGGCCGGCGGCGCUCCGGCAGCCCUGGGAGCUCCUCGCACGAGCACCGCCAGAGCAGCAGGAGGAAGAGGCGGUCGGGGUCCCGGUCUCAGGGCAGGGGGUGCUCUCCCCCCAGCAGCCUGGAGAGGGCCCGGCGGCCCCGCCGGCCCAGGGAGAGGAGCCGCGAGCGGCCCCGGGACCGGAGGGGCUCCCGGGAGAGGCGGUGGCACCAGUCGCGGUCGCCCAGCCCGGAGCACCGGUCCCGGGAGCACCGGAGGCCUCGUUCCCGGGAGAAGCGGCCCCGGCCCCGCUCCCGCUCCCGCUCCCGCUCCCCCGGGAGGAAGCUGCCUGUGACGGAGGCUUCCCACGUGCCCCCUCCCCAGGAGGAGUCGGGGCCGGGCCGGGCAACGGGGCUGCAGGCCGCAGCGGGGCUGCAGGCCGCAGCAGGAGCGGGCACGUGGCCGGGAGGGGCUGAGGCCGAACAGGCCCCCCCGGCGGCGCCCCCCGCCCCAGAGGCGCUAGCGGAAGGUGCCCCCGAGGACCUGGACUACGUGGACUCCGUGGAGGCGGGGCACGUCUUUGACGACUUCGCCAGCGAAGGCCUCUUCACGCAGCUCGACGACAUGAGCUCGCCGCCCUCCCCGGAGAGCACAGACUCCUCCUCGCCUGAGCGCCAGGCCCCCCCGGUCCCCCCGGCCCACCCGCAGCCGGACCGCAGCCUGGCUGCCAUCAGGAGGGAGGUGUCGCUGAUCCACAGCGAGGACGCCGAGCAGCCCCUGCCCUGGACCAAGAGUCCCCACGAGAAGGCCCCGUGCCAGCAGGCCCCGGCCCAGGCCGCGGGGCCAGGUGCCCCGGGAGGCCCGGCCGGGGGUGGCGCGCAGCUGGGGAAGGAGGGAAGCCCCUGCCCGACCGCCGCGCUUCGGGCUAAAGCCCCUGUGAAGAGGGUCACCUGGAACCUGCAGGAGGCGGCCGGCGGCGCUCCGGCUGAGGACAGGGCCCUGCGGACCCCACUUCACAGGCCCCAGCAGCCCCAGGAAGAGGCCUGGGAGCCCGGAGACGGGGGCCUUGUGGUGGACUCCCAGCAGGCACCCUGCCCCGAGCCCCCUCCUGCUUACACGCGUCCAGAGCCCGGCUUUCCCCUUGCGGACCCUGCUCAGGUUUAUGGCUCCAGCCUGCCUCCUGCCCUGGCUCUGCCCUCCAGUGUUCCGCCCUACGCUCCAGUCAGCCAGCCCAUGGUGCAGUUUAUCCUGCAGGGCAGCCUCCCCCUGGCGGGCUGCGGGGCGGCCCCCAGCCUGGCACCCGUGCCCACCGUCCUGACCACAGCCUCCGAGCCGGCUGGCCACGCCACCGCCACCAACAACUCCGAGGAGAGGACGGCCACUCCCCGGCCGGCCCCAGAAAAAGCCAAGAACGAGGAGUACCUGAAGAAGCUGCACAUGCAGGAGCGGGCGGUGGAGGAGGUGAAGCUGGCCAUCAAGCCCUUCUACCAGAAGCGCGAGGUCACCAAGGAGGAGUACAAGGACAUUCUCCGCAAGGCGGUGCAGAAGAUCUGCCACAGCAAGAGCGGGGAGAUCAACCCAGUGAAGGUGGGCAACCUGGUGAAGGCCUACGUGGACAAGUACAGGCACAUGCGCAGGCACCGCAGGCCCGAGGCCGGGGAGCCCGCUGCCGAGGGCUGA